AUGCUUGCGUUGCCGUUCGUUCAGUUCAUGGCACCUGCCCUUCUCUCAUGGCUAGAGUACGGAGGUCAACGACCACAAAAGCUCUUCCAGCAGCCCGACGUCGUCCGCCUAUCGGCUCUCAAUCGUCUAGGAGCGGAGGACAAUCCGUGUGACGUGCGAGGUCGCGAGGACAAGUUCUGCCUGCGAGAGCGGCUCGCUCUACGGGUCGACACGGAUCGCGACGACGAUACACCGACGAAUCACAUGUCCCAGUGUCCCGUAGAGUUCGACGGAACCGGAGGAACAAACGCGUCGGCUACCGGUCGUUCUGAUCACGUGGGCUCGACCAGAAGCCCUGGAUUGCCGACGUGUCCUAAGGGCCAGCUGCCCCACUGCGAUGACUAUUUCGUGCGAACUGGAGCGAGAGUGGCCCUGGAUGAGGUCUGCCUCAACGGGCGCGGCAGAGUGGUCAUCGACGGACUGCUCAACCAGGAGGAGUGCGACCUCCUGCUCAAGCUAAGCCGCUUAAAUGAAUCCAUGGAGAACGCCACGGCGGCCAGACUCAUGCUGCUGGCCUCCCGUAAGGCGCGGCUCAUCACGGAAGCGUACUUCCGGCUCAAGAAGAGGCUGUACAUCCACUUUGCUCAUCUCCAGUGCCGGAUCGCGAUGCCAAACUCCACGGCGAGCAGGAGCGACAUGAGUCACACUAUUCACUCCGACAACUGCGACUUCGCUGACAAUGCCACCUGCAAGUGCCCGGACUACAAGGAAGAUCUUUCCUGGCGAGAUUACAGCGCGGCGGUCUACUUGAACAGCGACUUCCAUGGAGGCCAAGCCGUGUUCACAAAGACUCCACGCACGAGCAUUCGGGGCAUCGUGCGACCUAAGUGCGGACGCAUGGUGUCGUUCAGGAGCGAGACGGCGCACGGCGUGCUGCCGGUGUUCACCGGGCGGCGAUGCGCCUUGCUCGUGUGGAUGACGUUCACCGGUCGAGAGGAGGAGCCUACAAGAGCCGAAUUCAACCGACUGCUCCGGGACAUCGACGGUCGCGUACGGAAGAGCUCGGAGCCCGACGACCGAUGGGACUUACUCUGGAACAUGAGAAAGACCUGA